AUGAAAACAAGCACGAGACAAGGCGGGCAUCUUAUCUGGGUGAUGCGACGACGGCUUCAACGAGGGGACCUGCUGCUUCCAGGCAGCAGCAAUGGUGUGUCCGCAAGCAGAGCCAGCGAUCGCGGCCGACACGCUGGCAUUUUUGGCAGCGAAGGAGACAUCAGCAGCAGUGUUGGGUUGAGCCCACUCCGGUCGUCCCCCUCUUGCUCCGACAACAUGGCCGCCCUUGACGCCGUGGUUGUCGCAGGCUCAUCGGAACGAAAACGGUCAUUACGUGGCCGCACAAGCAGCCACUUGCGGCGUGCAAUCGUUGAGGCAGCCUACUAG